AUGAUUCUAAUCUAUGAUCAUAUUAAAGCUAAUCAAAUCGCUCGCCCCCAACUUUCUGUCUCUGAAUCUGAGGAGGAAGGGUCAGACUCUGAAUUUUAUAUGGGUGAGGAUUUUGCCGGUGAUUUGAAAAGUGAGACUGAGGAGAGCCUUAAGGACUCCAAGGUUGAAUUGGGUAAGAAAAGAAAACAGGAGAGUAGUAAUUCGUCCUCUUCCAAGGGCAAGAAAAAAAGAAAAGAGAAGAAAAGGAAAAAGCAGAAAAGGCAGGACAAUUCCGAGCUGGAGACAGAGGACAAAGAGCAGAGAAAGGAUUCAGAUGCGGACCAAAAAGUUGAGGAGGAGAUUACGGGGGAUGGUUUCAACCAGAGUGUUGGUGGUGAUGUCGAACAGAAUACCGGUGGUGAAGAUCCCAAAACUGAUCAAGCCAAGAGUUGA